CACACACGCACAGUGGGGACUCAGGGCCGCAUACAGGGGACCCGCUGAGGAGGAGGAGGAGAAGGAGGGACCACAGGUCGCUCGUUUAUUUAGCAUAUUUCUUCUCAGCUCUUCUGUCUGUGGCGCACACACGGCUGUUGUUUCAGCGCGGAGGAGGAACAAAGCUCACUCACUCGCUCUCUAAUCACUCCGACAACACACUCCAAGCCUCGUCUGUUGUUGACACAGCGUUCAGUCGGCGAUAACGCCGUUUACUUUUAGUUUUUGAGGGGUAGAUAAUGUUUGGACCUGAGCCUUAGUUUACCAUCCGGCUCACUACACACUGUCAGCGGUCCUGUCACGCGCGAGGACCAUUUAUUUCACAAAGUACUAUUUCCAGCUGGAAUGGAGACGCUACUCUGAAGACUGAUUCCUUCACCUGAGUUGCCACAGAUAGGAUGGCAAGGAGCUGAGAGAAGAAGGGGAAAAAGAGAAAAACGACUACCUGCCCUUACUGACAGGGGCUUGAUAUAUCAGCUUUCACUUAUUACGGCAUUGCAGCUGUCCCAAGGAUAAGUGAUGGCUGCUUAUGGACAGACACAGUACAGCCCUGCCAUCCAGCCUUCAGGUCCAUACACACCCUACACACAUCACACCCAGGGCUACAGUGUGCCAUCCUACAAUAUUAAAACCGAAGACGGCUUGAGUCAUUCACCAGGACAGAGUAGUCUGCUUGGCUACACGUCCAACUUCAGCGGAACACCUCCUAGCCAAGCUCUUUACAGUUACUCCACACAUGGUGGCAGUAUUUCAUCUGGAAUUUUCCAAGGAACAAAUGCCAUCACAGGCUCAACACCAUUUAGUCCCACACAGCAGGAUUUCACAGCAUAUUCCAGUUAUGGCCAAAGCCAAUACUCACCAUACUAUAAUACACACUACAACAACCCCUACCUCACAAGCAGUAAUAUCAGCCCAUCAGCCAUCGGCACGGCAAUCCCCUAUCAGCAUCCAGAACAUUCUACUAUAACAACCAGUCACAGCCCAGAGUCCCACCCAGGGGAGUAUCACGCCCCCGCUAGCCCCCCAACUCCAGGAAAGGAGCAGGAAGGAGGUCCAGCCAGACGCGGCUCAGAUGGAAAGCUGCGGGGAAGGAAGAGGGCCAAUGACCCUGUACCCCCACUGGACUCAGAAAUCGAGAGAGUGUUUAUUUGGGACCUGGAUGAAACCAUCAUCAUUUUCCACUCACUUCUCACCGGCUCUUUUUCCACACGCUUCGGCAAGGACUCAGCCAAAGCUGUGUCUCUGGGGCUGUGGAUGGAGGAGAUGAUCUUCAACUUGGCAGACUCAAGACUCUUCUUCAAUGACCUGGAGGAAUGUGACCAAGUUCAUAUCGAUGAUGUGGCCUCAGAUGACAACGGACAGGACUUGAGCACAUAUAACUUUGGAACAGAUGGCUUCCAGAGUCCAGCAGGAGGUGGUGCUCUGUGUUUAGGUUCAGGGGUGCAUGGUGGCGUCGACUGGAUGAGGAAGCUGGCCUUCCGCUACCGCCGAGUAAAAGAGAUCUACAACACUUUCAAGAACAAUGUAGGAGGUUUGCUGGGGAGUCCAAAGCGAGAGGAAUGGCUUCAGCUGAGGCGAGAAAUGGAGGUUCUGACUGAUCUGUGGCUUACGCAGGCUCUAAAGGCUCUAGCUCUUAUUAACUCCAGACCAAACUGUGUGAAUGUGAUGGUCACCACCACUCAGCUGAUCCCAGCUCUUUCCAAAGUGCUGCUGUAUGGUCUGGGAGGAGCUUUUCCCAUCGAGAACAUUUACAGUGCCACCAAAACUGGCAAAGAGAGCUGUUUUGAGAGGGUGACUCAGAGGUUCGGGAGGCGAGCCGUGUACGUGGUAAUCGGAGAUGGAGUGGAAGAGGAAACUGUGGCAAAGAAGAAAAACAUGCCAUUCUGGAGGGUAACAUGCAGAGCAGACCUGGAGGCACUGAGUCAUGCACUAGAGCUGGACUACCUCUAGAGGGCAGAAUCUCAAACGCCAUCUCUCAUUUGAAUUAAUGAACCAUAAUCACAUGGCCAAGCCAAGAACUGCAGGACCAAUCAGCCAGGAGUUGCAAACAUAAAGGAAAUGUUUGUUCUAAAUCAGUUUAGAAAACACUUUUAUUUUCUCUCUUUUCUUACGUCUGUGACAGCAGAUUUAUACAAAGGCAUAUUGCACUGGAGACAAUAAUCCAUCGACCAUUGAGUGCUGUAAAGGACCAAAAUGUUUAUGCUUGUUGAUAUGGAACAACAUGACUUCAGGACAAAUUUGUAUGUAUCAAUUGUGACGUGAAAGAUCAGAUUUUGGAUAACAAGUGUGCAAAUAUUUAUGUGUUUUCUAUGAAUUCACAAGCAGCUGCUGCUGUCUGUCGUAAACGAGACUUAUCCAUAUAUCACUCAGAGAUUUAUUCAGCAUAGACCUUUUUAUGGGGAAAAAAGACAUUAUUUUUCUUCUAAGUCCUGUUAAAAUAACAGCCUUUUUUUUAACAACUGUGAAAUUCAGUAAAACUUUUUUUUUUUUAAACAAAUAAAGCACAAGUGGGGGAAUUAUCUGUUUGACUGAAAAUCAGUUGGGAAAUAUGUAGAUAUAACAAUUUUAGUUGGUAGGUUUUCCUGAUCAUUUCUAUCAAUAAUGCAAUAACAUGUUGAUUAUAUUACUGAUUCAGAUACUGAUCCGUUCUUUUAGGUAAACCAUCUUUUAGGUAAAAUAAAUAAAUAAAUGUUUAUGAAAAUGUGUGAUAUUCCACUCAAUGUAUUUCUUUCUCUAAAGUACUAUAUGCUAUUUAAUAACAUACAAAAGGCAAUGCAAGAUAACAUUAAAACUAAUCCCAAAAGUAGCCAAAGUAUAAAUCUGAAUCUAUUGAUAAAGGUGACAAUCAUCUAUGUAACUUAUGAAUAUUUUUGUGAGGUAAUUUCUUAAGCACUAGAAAAUAUCUCCUUCAUUCCUCUUCACUAUGUGCCUGGACCACGGUAAUCUGUAAUAUUUGUUACUGGAUGUACAUUUGAUUUUAUGUUUCUUUCUAUUAACUGUAUUCUGUUCCUGUAUGGAAUCUGUAUGGUUGUCUUUUGAAUUGCAUGUGCCUUUUACACUGCCUGUCCUAGCUAUUAUUUGUAUAUAUGGUUUUAUUGUUGAUUUGUUUUUGGGCCAAUAUGAUAGAACAAUAAAAAAAAAUAAAUUAAUUGCAUUAAAUCAA